AUGGCUCUGGUACUCAUUUCUAUGUGGGCCUGGGGUCGCUACGAAUCCGUCAUCGAGGCUGGCUACGAGAAGUAUUAUAAACCCUUGCCUCUGCCAGACAAUCCUCAAUACAAUUCUCAAGAUGUCAGCAUUGUGGUUGCUACAAUAGAUACUCCAGAGACUUUGUCUGAGGCUCUCUGUCAGUGGCGAGACAACGACCCAUAUGAGAUCAUAGUUGUCACAAUCGAGCGUGAUCUUCUCCAUGUUCAGAAUCUCGUGGCACAAGUUCCAAUGGCUGGUGAGAUCACUCGAAUUAUCACUUGCAAUACCGCAAACAAAAGAGAACAACUUGCGAGAGGGAUCAGAAUGGCAACAGGGAAUGUCAUCGCCCUCGUUGACGAUGAUGUUUUUUGGCCUAGCACUAAAGUUCUGCCGUAUCUACUGGCCGGUCUGGAGGACCCGGAGGUGGGAGCAACUCAAGGCAAGCAAAGCAAAUUGUUGUUGCAGAAUUUGCGUUGGAAGAGAAGCUCAUUCCAGUCUUGUUUGACGAUCUUGUUCGAUUCGCCUGGUUUCUGGCGGUUUGUUCGAACAUACCCUUACACAGGCCGAAAGCUUGUUGAGCGCCUCUUGAACCCUAUCAUCACCUGGAUUCACAUUUGGGCGUGGGUUGAAACCUUCCAGACCUCUCCCAUCAUGGGCAGCAUUGUAUUGCUCUGGUACGUUUGGGGAUGGGUCAAAGGGUAUGGGGCCUUUGUCCAAAGGUUUCCCUUCUGUGGAAGGAAGAUAUGGGCUGCGCUUCUCUUCGACCACUGCUACCCUAUUUUCGACAUAUAUGGUUGGUGGACGCUGAACACUGAGAGGUGGCUGACCCGACAAGGCUCUGAUUGA